GCGCUUCAGAGGGACGAAGAAGAAAAGCGCCUCUCCGCGCGCUCCACCUCCUGCGCCCGGCCGCGGCCCUUCCCCGCCGCGCCCUCGCGUCUCGGCCUCCGGGUGCCUCGGCGGGCGACCUGGCCCUCGUCCUCUCCAUGGCGGCAGCCGGACCCACCGGCUCCCGGAGCGGAGCCCUCUGUCGGCUGCUCCUGCUGACCCUCACGAUCUUAACGUUUGCCAGUGAUGCCUGCAAAAAUGUGACGCUCCGUGUUCCCUCCAAAUUAGAUGCUGAGAAAUUUAUUGGUAGAGUUGACCUGGAAGAGUGCUUCAAAUCUGCAAAUCAAAUUUAUUCAACUGAUCCUGAUUUCCAGAUUUUAAAAGAUGGCUCAGUUUAUACAACAAAUGCUAUUCUUUUGUCCUCGGAGAAGAGAAGUUUUACCAUAUUACUUUUCAACACUGAGAACCAAGAAGAGAAUAAAAUAGUUGUCCUUUUAGAGCAUCAAACAAAGGUACUAAAGAAAAGGCAUUCUAAAGAAAAUGUUCUAAGACGUUCCAAGAGAAGAUGGGCUCCUAUUCCUUGUUCCAUGCUAGAAAAUUCCUUGGGUCCUUUCCCUCUUUUACUUCAACAGGUUCAAUCUGACACAGCACAAAACUAUACCAUAUACUAUUCCAUAAGAGGUCCUGGAGUUGACCAAGAGCCUCUAAAUUUAUUUUAUGUGGAGAGAGAUACUGGAAACCUGUAUUGUACUCGUCCCGUAGAUCGUGAGCAGUACGAGUCUUUUGAGUUAGUUGCAUUUGCAACAACUCCGGAUGGAUAUACUCCAGAACUUCCACUGCCUCUACUAAUCAAAAUAGAGGAUGAAAAUGAUAAUUACCCGAUUUUUACAGAAACAACUUACAUUUUUACAGUUUCUGAAAAUUGCAAAGUUGGUUCUACUGUGGGACAGGUCUGUGCAACUGACAAAGAUGAACCUGACACGAUGCACACGCGCCUAAGGUACUCUAUCAUUGGGCAGGUGCCAGCAUCACCCACCCUGUUUUCUAUGCAUCCAACUACAGGUGUGAUCACCACGACAUCAUCUCAGCUAGACAGAGAGUUAAUUGAUAAAUACCAGUUGAAAAUAAAAGUACAAGACAUGGAUGGUCAAUAUUUUGGUUUGCAGACAACUUCAACUUGUGUCAUCAAUAUUGAAGAUGUGAAUGACAACAUGCCAACAUUUACCCGUGCUUCCUAUGUGACAUCAGUGGAAGAAAAUACAGCUGACGUGGAAAUCUUACGUGUUUCCGUUGAGGAUAAGGAUUUAGUGAAUACUGCAAAUUGGAGAGCUAAUUAUACCAUUUUAAAAGGCAAUGAAAAUGGAAAUUUUAAAAUUGUAACAGAUCCCAAAACCAAUGAAGGAGUCCUGUGUGUAGUUAAGCCAUUGAAUUAUGAAGAAAAACAACAGGUGACCCUGCAAAUUGGUGUUGUUAAUGAAGCUCCGUAUUCCAGGGAGGCUAGUUCAAGGUCAACCAUGAGCACAGUCACAGUCACCGUUAAUGUAAAAAAUCAGGAUGAGGGCCCCGAGUGUAGCCCUCCAACACAAACUGUUCGAAUUAAAGAAAACGCACCAGUGGGAACAAAAAGCAAUGGAUAUAAAGCAUAUGACCCAGAAACGAGAGGUAGCAGUGGCAUAAGGUAUAAGAAAUUAAAUGAUCCAAAAGGGUGGGUCAUUGUUGAUGAAAAUUCAGGGUCAAUCCAAGUUUUCAGAAACCUGGAUAGAGAGGCAGAAACCAUCAGAAAUGGUAUAUAUAAUAUUACAGUCCUUGCAUCAGACCAAGCUGGGAGAACAUGUACUGGGACACUGGGAAUUAUACUGGAAGACGUGAAUGACAAUGGCCCAUUCAUACCUAAACAGACAGUGGUCAUCUGCAAACCUGUCAUGUCGUCUGUGGAGAUUGUUGCUGUUGAUCCUGAUGAACCCAUCCAUGGCCCACCCUUUGACUUUAGUCUGGAGAGUUCUGAUUCAGAAGUACAGAAAAUGUGGAGACUGGAAAAAAUUAAUGAUACAGCAGCACGUCUUUCCUAUCGGAAUGAUCCUCCAAUUGGGUCAUAUGUAAUACCCAUCAGAGUCACCGAUAGGCUUGGCCAGGCUAGAACCACUGCACUGAAUGUCAAGCUCUGUGACUGUAUAACUGAAAAUGACUGCACACUUCGUGUCAGUCCAAGGAUUGGAAAUGGAGAAAUAAAACUUGGAAAGUGGGCCAUCCUUGCAAUAUUGUUGGGCAUAGGAUUGCUAUUCUGUAUCCUAUUUACAUUAGUCUGUGGGGUUUCUGGGGCCCCCAAACAACCAAAAGUAUUUCCUGAUGAUUUAGCCCAGCAGAACUUAAUUGUGUCAAACACAGAAGCUCCUGGAGAUGACAAAGUGUAUUCCACGAAUAGCUUUACAACCCAUGCUGUGGGCACAUCUGCUACUCAGGGAGCCUGUGGCACCAUGGGAUCAGGAGUCAAAAAUGGAGGGCAGGAGACCAUUGAAAUGGUGAAGGGAGGACACCAGACCUCGGAAUGCUGCCGGGUUGCCGGGCACCAUCACACCCUGGAUUCUUGCAGGGGAGGACACGUGGAGACGGACAACUGCCAAUACAUGUACUCAGAGUGGCACAAUUAUACCCAGCCCCGUCUCUGUGAAAAGGUGCAUCUGUGUAAUCAGGAUGAAAAUCAUCAGCAUGCCCAAGACUACGUCCUGAUGUACAACUAUGAAGGAAGAGGCUCGGUGGCUGGGUCUGUAGGGUGUUGCAGUGAAAGACAAGAAGAAGAUGGGCUUGAAUUUCUCAAUCAUUUGGAGCCCAAAUUCAGGACACUAGCAGAAGUGUGCAUAAAGCGAUAAGUGUGUUCUAAUACGUCUACACAAGCUUUAUUACUUUUUAAAAAAAAUUACAAACUAGGAUUUUUU